AGAGUUCUAACCAAAUUCAAAAUCAGGAAAAGGAGGUGUGGGCUUUUGGGCUUUGUAGAUCAGCAGCUUGAAUGUGGUUGGCAGUCUCCUCCCCUUCCGCACUUCGGCUCAGAGUGUGCACUCUGGAAUGACAGGCAUUCCUGUGUGAGGAGAGCCAGCAUGAAGACAUAUUUGUAAGAACCACAAGUGCCCAGGCUGGAAUACAGGGAACAGAAACUCCAGCAGAUUAAUUGACCUCAUGCCACUUCCUGACUUUUGGCAAGUGACACUGAGAAAAGGAUUUCAGCUUGUCUCCUUUUGUGGAUUUAUCUUUUUAAAAGAAGUUUACUUUUGUCCGGGACAGUUUGUUGUCGUGAGAUACAUCAAACAGUAUAAUCAUGGGGCAAGCUGAUGUCUCCAGACCGGUAAAUCCAGAUGCAGUUGAAGAAGCAGGCCAGCCCACUGCAGACCCAGGCAUGGUCAUGGACAGUGUGGAAGCUGGAGACACAACACCUCCCACCAAAAGAAAAAGCAAGUUCUCUGGCUUCGGCAAAAUCUUCAAGCCCUGGAAAUGGAGGAAAAAAAAAAGUAGUGAUAAAUUUAAAGAGACAUCAGAAGUUUUAGAGCGAAAAAUAUCUAUGCGAAAACCAAGAGAAGAGCUGGUUAAAAGAGGGGUACUGUUGGAAGACCCUGAGCAGGGUGGUGAGGAUCCAGGAAAGUUAAGUCAUGCUGUAUUAAAGAAUGGCCAUACCACCCCCAUAGGGAGUGCCAGAUCAUCUAGUCCAGUCCUAGUAGAGGAAGAACCAGUAAGAACAGCAAGUGUUAACAGUCUUUUUCCAGAAGAGGACCCAAAGAAACGACUGGGCUCAAUUGGAAGCCAGUCUAAUUCUGAAGCAGAGUCUGUAUCUGAGAAUGUACCAAAACAGCCUUUACUUCCCCCUAAAAGGCCAUUGUCCUCAUCUCAUGAAGCAAGUGAAGGGUCAGCAAAGGAUGUCACUUCUUCUGGCAGCAUGGCAAGGUCCAUCUCCUCCGCCUCUUCUACCAACAUAGCACCUGCUGCCACCACUGCUGCCACAAACCUAGCAAAGACUGUUAAUUCCUUUGUCACCCUUUCCCCAGCACCCAGGACUCUGCCUGCUGCUCCUACCAGCACUAACACUACUGCUACCCCAAGCCUUUCUCAUAUGGUCCCUGCCAAGCAGCCCCCUAUCCCUCCCCCUAAACCAGCUCACAGAAAUAGCAACCCUGUUAUUGCUGAACUGUCCCAAGCAAUAAACAGUGGUACAUUAUUAUCAAAACCAUCCCCACCCUUACCACCUAAGAGAGGCAUUCUGUCAACCUUGGUAUCCACCUCGGAGUUGGCUGCUGGCAUCAACACAAAAACACCAAGCGAUCAAAAAGAGAUGAAUACAUGCUCUGUGGGCUCUGAACCAAUGCUGAUGAUCCCACCUCCUUCUCCAUCUCCCCCGCUGCCUACUCAUACACCUCCAGAGCCCCCACGGUCUCCACCAUUCCCUCCUAAGACUUUUCAACUUGUGCCAGAAGUUGAGAUUCCACCUUCCUUAGAUCUUGCCCAGGAGGAUCCCCAGCAGGAAGAUCAGAAAAAGGAAGUCCCCAAGAGGAUAUUGGACCAAAGCUUUGGGGAGCCCCAUGUACCCUGUAGGCUGCCCCCACUCCCCCUACAUAUUCGAAUUCAACAGGCCCUGACCAGUCCCCUUCCCAUGACUCCUUUAGAGGGUUCUCACAGAGCUCAUUCAUUGCUCUUUGAGAACAGUGACAACUUUUCUGAGGACAGCAGUACCUUGGGUCGGACCAGAUCACUUCCCAUCACUAUUGAAAUGCUGAAAGUUCCAGACGAUGAAGAAGAGGAGGAGCAAACCUAUCCUUUGGAAUUUGUUGAAGAUGUGGCAUCUACCUCAGUCAUUCCUAAAUUACCACAGUGUCUGCAGGAGGAAGAAGAAAAGGAGAGUGACUCAGAUUCAGAGGGUCCUGUUCAAUAUCGAGAUGAAGAGGAUGAAGAUGAAAGCCAUCAGAGUGCUCUGGCCAACAAAGUAAAGAGGAAGGAUACACUGGCAAUGAAGUUGAACCAUAGAUCCAGUGAACCAGAGUUGAACUUGAAUUCUUGGCCUCGUAAAAGCAAGGAAGAAUGGAAUGAAAUACGGCACCAGAUUGGGAACACACUGAUCCGGAGACUGAGUCAAAGACCAACACCAGAAGAACUAGAACAACGAAAUAUACUGCAACCUAAAAAUGAAGCUGAUCGUCAGGCAGAGAAACGAGAGAUUAAACGUCGGCUCACUAGAAAGCUCAGUCAAAGGCCAACUGUGGCUGAACUACUUGCCAGGAAGAUUCUGAGGUUUAAUGAAUACGUGGAAGUAACAGAUGCUCAAGAUUAUGACCGGCGAGCUGACAAACCUUGGACCAAGCUGACUCCUGCUGACAAGGCUGCUAUUAGAAAAGAAUUAAAUGAAUUUAAAAGCUCAGAGAUGGAGGUUCAUGAAGAGAGCAAACAUUUCACACGCUACCAUCGUCCAUAAUGCUGAAGUUUGAGAAAGGAACUAAACAACUUCUCCAAAAACCAGGACUGCUUUGCUGCUUGUUUCCAGAGUGACAUUAUGGAGGGAACUUUAGCACUUCCCCCGCAUAGCCAGAAUUGCAUCCUCUGGGAUCUGGUUUUGGAGUGAACAGCACUCCUAUGAAUGUAGCCUUCCACUGGAAUGGAUUCUCAUGUGCUGCCCCUGGGGGAAAAGCCAACACUUCAUCAGUACUUUUGAACUUUUUAAUAUAGCAACAUUCUUGAGGGGUUUUCCCUCACCAGCCACCAAAUUUCUGAGCCACUGGCAGGUUCUGAGUUUUAUUGACUUUUCCACACCCUUGCCCCAAAAUUACUGCCUGUGCUAAGGCACAGUUUGCACCAUUAGCCUUACCUGCCCUGCCCUAAUUGUGAGACCCACUUGUAUAGGCACUAAAUUCCAGCCUUCAAAAAUAAUUGGUUGUGGGAAAAUUUUCUAGAGGCCCCAGCCUUCUGGAAAAAGGGGUCCCCACUUCCAAAGGAUGCCUUCAUACCACACUGGGAUGUCAAUUGAUAGCAUUGCACUGUACCUCUUGUAACACAGCAAUAUAGUUCUCUUCAGGCACACGCGUCUGAGGGGAAGCUCAGGAUCUGACAUGUUCCUCCUUUUUGGCACUUGUCAUCCUAAUUUUUAUUUUUAAAUGAUUUUAAAGAAGUAAUGGGGACUUAUGUUUUUCCUGUUCAUUAAAGUCUGAGCUGCAACCAGAAUGCAAGUUGGUCAAAUGAGAAAGCGUGUAUAUUUUUUUGUAUAUAAAAACAAGAAAAGGCCUUAACAUUAAUGCCAACUUGGCAGAAUGCUGACUGGUGGUUUAAAUUUUAUAGGCUGUUGUACUUUUAUCGUACCAAAUACUGUAAAUCACUUCAACAAGUAGUAAAGCAGAGUUGUAGACAUGCUGGGUGAGCACUUGUUUGGUUUCAGCCCCCAUACUUCCAACCAGAAUCACAGCAAGAUCCUAAGGGAUGUGGGGUGCUACAUGGGAAAAUGUCUUUGGAGAACCACAAAGGAGGGGCAUGUUAUGGCUCACUGCCCUUCUCUAAGUGCCUUUUGCCCUCUCCUUGCUGCACAUUCCCUCUUCACUCUAACACUAUUCUCCUGGCAUUCUCUGGCAGCUUCACUCACUGUUCCUUUUCCACGCUGUAGCCAGCGUUUUUGGUGCCUAGGAAAUGGCUUAGUCCCACCCCAUUUUGUAAUUGUAAUAUAUGUUAGUAUAAUUUCUUAAAAUAAAAAGUUUGGUUAUCCUAUUUCCUUCUCUUUUUUUGGUGGUGGUGACGGGGGGGAUUCGGGAUUGAACCCAGAGGUGCUUUACCCCUGAGCUACAUCCCUAGCUCUUUUUAUUUUUAUUUUUUUUUAUUGUGAGACAGGGUUUCACUAAGUUGCUUAUGCCCUUGCUAAAUUGCUGAAGCUUGUUUUGAACUUGGGAUCCUCCUAUUGCUGGGAUUACAGGUAUGCACCCCUGGGCCUGGUUCUUUUUCAUUUAAAUUAAAUGGACAUUUCAUUUAAAUGGACUGGGCUAGUUUAGUCUCAGUAACCACACUGAAAUCAUAUGCAAGUUUAUUUUAUUUGCAGUGCUGGUGAUUGAAACCAGGGCCUUGCAAAUGACUGGCAUGCACUCUACCACUGAGCUGUACUUUUUUUUUUUUUUUUUUUGCGGUACUGGGGAUUGAAUCCAGGACCUCAUGUUGUAUGCUAAGCAAGCGCUCUACCACUGAGCCUCAUCCCACUUAGUAUCUCCCUCUUUAUUCCUAUUCACACUGUAAGUGGAAGAAAGAGACAGUUUUUAUUUAACUGAUGAAUGUGGACUUUUUUCUUCACUGUAAUGUUUAGGAAAUUGUAGCUGUUUUAUAGGUUUCUUUCUGAUCUCUUGUCAUUUGUUCUUGAUUUUUCGUUUGUUUCUUUGUUUUGGUGUACUAGAGAUUGAACCCAAGAGUGCUUUACCGCUGAGCUACAUGCCCAGCCCUUUUUUAUUUUUUAUUUAUUUUUUGUGGUGCUGGGGAUUGAACCCAGGGCCUUGUGCAUGCGAGGCAAGCACUCUAUCAACUAAGCUAUACCCCUAGCCCCACUUUUUUAUAUUUUGAGACAGGGUCUCACAAAGUUGUUGAGGACCACAUUAACUGCAGUCCUCCUGUCUCAAGCUCCUGAGUCACUGGGAUUACAGGUGUGUGAUACCAUGCCCAGCAUCUAUCAUUUUCUGUAUGUAAUUUUUGAGUAGAUUUUUCUUCUUUCAUGUUCACAUCAGAUUUGCUGAAGAAUGAGACCAUCAGGUCAAUACAAAAAAGUCAAAGUGAAUUUACAAGGUAGUAUUUUCUCUCUGUGUAGGGAUUGGGGUGGGAGUUGGAGUUCUCAAUUACUGUCAAAGGUUUUAUAAAGGCUAUGGAACAAUACUAGAUCUACAUCUCUUUGAAGUUCAUUAACAUUUGGAGUAAUUGAGGUAAAAUCAUGAGAAUUGUACUAAGUCUGUUAGAGGUCUGGGUAUAUGGUGGUCACAGAUAAACUGCUAACUUGACUCUUAACCGUCCUGUCUUGUUGGUUGGGAACUGCUUGGCAUGUGCCUGCAUUCUCUGACUUGAAAUGACAUUUUCAAACCCUUCUUUGACUGCCUUUCUUUCCCUUAAUGUGCCAAGCUUAAGACAAAUUUGACUCCUGAGCUACUUGUCUGCCUUCUAUGUGCCAUCCAAGGAUUCUGAUUGAUCUUUCAUCUCAUUUGUGUUCUUUAGAAACAAGAUACUUUGGGUGUAAAAUGUGUUCAAUUGUUUAUUUAGUUUUUAUGUAAAUAAAAAUGGAUUUGUGUUCCCUUUCUGUGUAAAUGUGAAGUUCACAAUCAUAAUGUAAAAGAAGAAAUAAAAGCUGUAUGUUGUACUUCAAGAUGCUGCCCUGAUGUACAGAAUCUCCAUGUAAAAUAAAUAAUUGCAUUGUAUAUCAGUCUUACCAUCAACAUUAAUUAUUAAAAUAUGUUAGAAGUUUAAAAUGCCAA